CACGGAUGCCCAGCGCGGCGCCUCCGCAGUGCUCCCGCUCCGCCCCGGCAUGCCCAUCACUGGAGGAGCUGUGACAAGGAGGUUGGGACUCGGAGAAGAGCCCAUCUUUGCUCUGAAGCAGCCGAGUAGUGCCUCUUGUUUCUUAUCAAGAUGAAGUGAAGUGCCAAAUUGUUCCUCUUCAGUUCCAUGGAGUGGCAGGACCGAGGUUCUUGAUUGGACUGGGCUGGGCAGAGCCCCCCACCUCCUCUAUUCUGCUCUUUCAACUCACCAUGGGGUGGAGGCAUCUCCUCUUGCUUCUACCAUUUGUUUUGUAUGUCCUGACACUACUUCUGACCACCCAGGCAGCUGGGCCCCCACGGACGCCCAAGGGCAACCGGACACAGGGGGCAGGAGCCUCCCGGAGACCUUACAAGCCAGCCAAGGAGCAACUGAACCAGUCCCUAACCAGCACGGCCCCUUCUUCUGUGCAAGCUGGUGGCGGAGGAAGCCAUGGACGCAGUCCUGGUGUAGGGCCAGCAAAAGUGCCCUCCAGCAGCAGCGGCAGCAGUGCAGGCAUUUCCAGCCCAGCGUAUGAGACAUGCAUGGGUUACUAUGAUGUGAGUGGGCAGUGGGACAAAGAGUUUGAGUGCAACAAUACUCAGCAGGAUUUUCGCUACUGUUGUGGCACCUGCUCUUUCCGCUUCUGCUGCAACAAGCGCUCUAAGAAGCUCAAUCAGGAAAAGUGCCGAAAUCAGGACCCCCAUCCUAGCACAUAUCCUAUGACCCCUGCCACCAAUAAUAAUGGACCUGGAGAUACCAAUGGGUAUGACCCUAAUGAGGACAACACAAAUGCCACCGUCUACAUUUCAUGUGGGGCCAUUGCCUUUGUUGUCAUUGCUGGCAUUUUUGCUAAGGUGGCAUACGACAAAGCACGACAACCACCACAGGAAAUGAACAUCCACAGGGCUCUGGCCGAUAUCCUCCGGCAGCAGGGACCAAUCCCCAUAGCACACUGUGAAAGAGAGACUAUCUCGGCUAUAGAUACCUCCCCCAAAGACAACACACCCAUCCGAACAUCUUCGAAAAACCACUAUACGCCAGUGCGCACCUCUAAGACCAACCCAGGUCAUUAUGGAAAGGAUAUUUAUCGAAGUGGAGGUCCAGAUUUCCAUAAUUUCAUCUCUUCUGGGUUUGUCACAUUAGGAAGAGGACACAACAAGGAUGACCAAGAGCAAAAUUAUAACCACCUGCUAUUAAGUACUGCAAACCAGACACCGUCACAUGAAAAACCACGGAUGAACAGUAUCCUCACCUCUGCUACAGAGCCCUAUGAUUUGUCCUUCUCCAGAUCUUUCCAGAACCUCUCGCACCUCCCUCCAUCGUAUGAAUCUGCAAUUAAGACUAAUCCAAGUAAAUAUUCUUCUCUGAAGAGAUUAACUGACAAGGAUGCAGAGGACUAUUACUCUCGAAAGAGGCACCUUCCAGACUUAGCAGCAAGGGGGACCCUCCCUCUCAACGUCAUCCAGUUAUCCCAGAAACAAGUCAGCCAAAGGGACCGGCCACGCCGUGUAAUGCGGGCCAUGUCCCAGGACCGGGUGUUGUCCCCAGAGAGAAUCAUGCCUGAGGACUUCAGUAUGUCUUAUGAGCAUAUCCUCUCAGAUGAACAACUGUUGUCUACUGAGCGUCUUCAUUCCCAAGACCCUCUGCUUUCUCCAGAACACUCAGGUUUUGGAGAGCAGUCCAUGUCGCGAGCCUUGUCCCACUCAGAUGUCUUUGUUUCAACGCCUGUCUUGGAUCGCUACCGGAUGACUAAGAUGCACUCCCAUCCCAGUGCCUCAAAUAACUUGUACAACACCUUGAGUAUGAACCAAACCUCAGCCAAGCGCCAAGCAUUUGCCUCCCGGCGACACAACACAGUGGAGCAGCUGCACUAUAUCCCAGGACACCACCACCAUUACCGCACAGCCAGCAAGACAGAGGUGACUGUUUGAUCAGAGACACUGUGUUCCUUGUAGAUAAUUCAUGUGGACCAGAUGGUUCAGUGCCGUAUACUGCAGCGGCCUUAUGGCCAAGAUAACCUCUAAGACAGACUCUUCCAACAGUCCUGUCGGUAUUGUCUUGAACAUUCAUUUUCAUGUUAUUGACAAAAAAAGGGGGGGGGAGAAGAAAACCUGAAUAAGGAGAGAUUAUAUACACGAAGUUUUCUGACAGGCUCAGUUUCUGUCAAAGAAAGCCAUGCUAGUGAUGGCUUCUUUCACAGGCUCACUAACACCAAUUUUUUCAUGUUUACUAAGUCGGGCGAUUACUUUUAUAACCAUUAUGACAAACAAUCUCGCAAAAUUAGCAGAAUAUGAUACUAGUUCAGGUUUCUCUCUGGCACAGUGAAAAUCUAUUACAUUACAGUACUUGCUAGGUGCUGCAUCUUACCAAGAGUGUCCAACAGGUGUUUUUGCCGAGUUCUAUUCCAACUGUAUGUCGUCCACCUGUUAGAAGAUAAUGCAUUUCCAUGUGAGCAUAAUUUUUCCUGGUUUGGAGAGAAAUUGUAGUGGCAGACAAUAUUAACUAGCUUAACAGAAUUCAAGACAAGUGGUUGCUGUGGUUAAGAAACCACUUAGUUUUAUAUAUCAUUGCCAAGUAUACAGUACAUAAACCCAGGAGUGUCAUGAUUGCAGUAGGUACAAUAAAUAAACAAGUAGCAGAAACUACUCCAGUGCCAGAUGCAAGAAGGUGUGAGAAGGGUUUAAUUAUA